AAUUAGUGGACUAUAAAGAAGAGCAAAAAGCCAACCAUAUAAUAAAGAGGAAGAAGAAGAGCAAAUGAACAGGUUUGACAGAAACAAGGUAUGUGGACAUCGAUGGCUCGACCACCACCAACAAGUGACCACCCAACCUCCACCACCUCUCUCUCUCUCUCUCUCUCUCUCGCCCUCUCUCUCUCUCUAUAUACAUAUGUAUAUAUACGGACGACCCAUCUUGGCUCAACCUCCAAGAAGCAUCUCUUGGUCGGACAUCUGAAUAGACGCUGCUCUCCCCUGCAGCAAGAUCUUGGCUUUCCUUGCCGCGACCAGUAGAUCCCGGAGAUGAAGCAGCGGCAGGCCUGCGAACUCUGCGGUGGCGAGGCGGCGAUCUUCUGCCAGCCGGACGCCGCCUUCCUCUGCUGGGCCUGCGACGCAUCCGUGCACGGCGCCAACUUCCUCGUGGCCCGCCAUGUCCGCUGGUUGGCCUGCGGCUCAUGCCACUCCCUCGACUCUUGCUGCCGGGUCUCCGGCCCCGCCCCGCGGUUGGUCCGGUCCCUCUGCCCCUCCUGCGACCCCGAUCACUCCCCUCCCUCGCCCUCCCACCAGGCUGCCUCUUCUUACACUAGCUCGUGCCUCUCCACCUCGGAGCCCACCUCCGAGUCGACGGCGGGGCCACCGGCAGAGAAGCCCGCCGCUGCCCGACGGGCGACAGUGAAACGGCGGCGAGGAGUGGUGGACGAGAGGGUGGAGUGGUUCCUGCUAGGCUGGGGCCGGAGGAUGGGGCUGCGAAGCCGCAGGCCGUGCGUCGAAGCGGCUGCACGCGUGGCUGCCGCGUGCGAGGAGUUGACCGCGGCCCUGCCACUACGGGUGUCCCUCGCGGCCGCACUGUGGCUCGCCAUCAAGCUCCCCGAGGACGAGGCGUCGUCAGCGAGGGGCCGAGGUGCAGCUCUCCGGCGGCUGGAGGUUUGCUCUGGCGUGCCCGCGAGGCUCAUCCUCGCCGCCGAGUCGCGGAUCGCCGGGCGCGUCCGAGUCGCGAAGGAGGGCUGGGCCGAGUGCCCAUAGCCGAAGGAUUAUAGCCACGAGUUCAUUCUUACUCUUAUGCACACCCCCAGCUUCCUUUUUAUUUGAAGAGAACAUAUGGUUACAAGAGAUGUAAUUGCUUGAUAUUGAUGUUUGCAGUUAAGAUCUAAUCAUUCAGAAAUUUUUGUGGUCAA